UUGAGCCUAAAAAGUAAACAACAAAAAAAGUUUUUCUCGUUACGCUGCAAUAAGGAACUUUCUCGUUCAGURUCAUGAAAACCACGAAAAUCGUGGUAUGCUUUAAGGCACUUUUGAUUUCAUGUUUUCUGAAGGGAAUCAACUGCGACAACCCCAAGGUUAUCAAAUACAGCUCAACCAAGAAACCAUUACAAAGUGAUUUACAAUUUGCCAACUUUUUCAAAAUCCAUGACAAGUAUCUGAAUGUCCAAUYUUUCAAAACMCUUCAAGYCAAAACAUACAAAAAGUGCCUGGYUGAUUGUGCAGCAGAUCAGAAAUGCAUCUCUUUCAACUUUGCUAARSKUGYUAAUUCUGAUGGGCUUCAUUUGUGUGAAAUGCUUGAUACAGACCUAUUCAACGCAACGUUAAACUCGACAGAUGAUUUCAAAGACAGUGCAGGCCACCAACACUUUACAAGAAAGACGCAGUGUUUAUCCAUGCCAUGCAGCAGACAGAAUCCAGGCCUCCGUUGUCUUCCUGACUACUUUACAGAUACGUACACCUGCAAAACUUGCAAAGAAAUGGGAGUACUGGAGGGCUUGACUGAAUGGAGUGAAUGGUCAAGAUGUGAUAAACUUUGCGACGAUGGUAAAAAGCGACGUGAAAGGACCUGCAACUCUAAAGCGGUCUGCAAUCCAUGCAAUGCCACCAUAAUAACACAGGAAGAGAAGGAAUGUUACUUUUGUGCACCAGAAAGCCACAUAAAAAUGAACGAUCACUAUGGAGAUUUGUGCUUACAACCAACAAGUGGUGAUUGUAACCCGCCUGAUAACUAUGAGAUUGUGAUGAAAACGGCUUCCGAUGCAAAAUGCUCAGCAGAAUACAGGAGAUUUCUCAUCGAUGGCAAGGGAAAAAUAUAUCAUAAAUGCAGUAAUAAGAUUGUUUGCUCAAAACCAGACUGGAACGGAGUCCAAUAUCCUGAAGCUGCCCGAAGACUGGUCUUGUCUGAUAACUGUCCUGAAGACAUCGCAAAGCACAAGAGACUUUCCAGCCACCUUCUUCAAAAUACGAAAAACGAAUUCUGCGUGCAUCCURAGGGUGGAACGCCACRUGACAAUGUAUUGCUAACCUAUGCUGAUGAUUGUCGUMUCCAUAAACGAUUAAUGUUUCACUUUUUCGUGGUCGAAAGCCCUAUAAGAGCAGCCUAUCUCUAUAAUCGUAAAGAUGAUGGAACUUAUCUCUGUCUACAACCACAAAGUGGCGACUGUAACCCAAUUGAAAACAAAACUACAUGGAGUCAUGGUCUUGUGUGGAAACACUACAAGGAUUGCUCGACGGACUACAUGGCAUUUAUGCUCGAUGACCUUGGUAAACUGUAUCAUAAAUGUAGUGGGAAAAUUGUUUGCGUCGGAAAUGGAGAUGGAACUGACCCCUGGAAUACCAGACUUGUCUUAAAGGACAAAUGCCCCGAUGACGUUGCCAGGCACAAGAGACUUCCAAGCCAAGGUCUUCAACAUGUAAAGAGYGGCCUAUGUGUUCAUACUUUCGGAGGCCAUCCUGGAGAUGGCAAAUAUCUAGUCUAUGAUAGAACAUGUCCUGAUGAAAAACGAUUCCAGCUACUCUUUUUUAAGCCUGCCCAGCCAUAAAUUUGCAAUUGAAAUCUGCGUUUUUGUAAGUUCUUCAGACAUAUGGAGCCUGCAUUCUUCUUGCACAUGAUUUUCGGGUCUGAAUGUUGUUAUUGCAUGACGAAUAUCACUUCCACGACCUAAGGAAGGAACCUGGUCGUGUUUCAAGMUACGUUAUUACAUAUCAAGUGUCAAAGUUAACUUUUCCUAGUAUCUUAUUGGUAUCUUAUGUAUUGUAUGUAUCAUUUGCCAUUUUCAGUCAUUUUAACAAAAUCUUUAAUAA